AUGUCAUUCAAUAUUAAAGAUAACUCUUGUGAUGAAGAACACACAUCGGUUCCCGAUACCUCCAAGGUUUCUCGUAAUGACACUUUCACAAAUUCUGAAAUCGGAUCUUCUGAAAAUUCCUCAACAACCUUAACUGAUCCAUUGGCUAAUAACUCAAAUGAUUUUAAGUUUGCAAACCGUACUCCUGGUACUUUGUUUAACCAUUCAAGGCAGAAUUCAACAUUGAUUAGUUAUAAGAGUUUGGAGAAAAAUCGUACGACCUUCAACGGGAUGCUGACAGAUAGUUCAGAGAAGCGUGAGGGAGGUGUGUUGUAUAAGAUAGAACUGAAUAGAGACAAUAAUAAUAUGCUCGGCGAAACAAUUGAUUUACACAGACCUAUUCAAAAUCAGGAUGCUGGUCGUAGUAUUGGGGUAGAAAGCUUACAUGGUAAUAGGGAUACAAAUAUAACUGGUGCCAUUUACAAGCCUAUAUGUACCACGUCUUUAGUUAAAUUCGGAUCAUCGGAUACCGCUCUCCCUAUGAAAGAUACUAAAAUGGGUAUAUCCAAGUCAUAUUUCAUACUUAUUAAUGAAUUGGAAAACAAAUGUAACGAGUUGGAGGUCAAGUUAUUAGACGGAAAUAAAGAAAUAAAAGUGAAAAAUGAUGAAUUAAUGGUUAACAAGAAUAAAUUGCGAGAUGUUGCAAAAAUGACAGAAAACUUGAAGAAAACAAUGCUUGUAUUUCAAGAAAAUUUAGAUCUGCUACAAAAUGAAAAGAUGCAAUAUACCAAAACAUUAAAGUCAUUAAGGGAUGAAAACAUGUCUACAAAAAGUAGAAUACGUACUCUUCGACACGAAAUAAAUGAAUCGAUAAGAAAAAUGGACUUAUAUAAAUCUAAGUUCAGUAAAUUCAAAUUUAGACUUGAAAGUCAAAACCUCAAGAUUAUUAGUUUGAAUAGCACAGUAGAUGAAUUAUCAGGUAACUUAUCAGAAGAAAAGUUGAAAACAUCUUCUUUAAUUCAAGAGAUAACUCAAAUUAAUCAAACUCAUAGUGAGCAAAUGACCCAAUUGCAGAGUCAAUUGCAAAACACGUUAUUAGAUAAACUCAACAAUUCUUUGCCCGCUUUUAUUAAAGAUGAGAAUAAUUUGAUACAAGACACACUUUUAAGAAUCAAUAAGGAUGUUCUGGAAAAGUUGAACUUAGACUUCUCUCAUCUAAAAAAUGAUUUCAAAAAUUGUAAUGAUUUCAACAACACAAAAUAUGAAAAUAAUUUUCAUACAUUAUCCUCACAAUUAACUUCCAUAAAUGAUUAUCUUUUUGGAAUGUUAGAUCCGCUUUUCAAGCAAAUGGAAAACAGAGGUGAGGUAAUUUUUUCUAGUUUGAAAGAAGACAUUUUGUUACAGAAUUUCGCAGCCAUUUUAAAGAAAAGUGAUGUAUAUUUCAAUAAGAUAGAAAAUAACUUGAAUGAUGUCAACAAUGCCAUGGAUCAAUCAGCAUCAAUAGGACAGGAUUACAAUGAAAGAUUUGCAAAAGUGGAGCUUCAUGUAAGUGAUCUCGUAAAUUCUAGACAGGAAUUUAUGGAUAAGUAUCAAAAGUUACAAUUUGAAAAUGUUAAACUAGAUAAGAAUAUAUCCAUUCUUGAAGCAAAAGAGUCCGAAGUUUCGCAGAAAUUAAUAAACACAAAAGAAUCAUUAGUCUCGCUUCAACGUUGUUUGGAUGAUUCAAAUUCUGAAAUACAGAUCCUAAAACAGCAAUCUCAAGCUGAAAAGGAACAUUACUGUAAAAAUUAUGAGUCUCAAAUCCAAUCGUAUAAACAACUUAAUUCAAUUACUAUGGACGAAAAAUCAAGAAUGAAGAGUGAAAUUGACAAUUUAUUAGUGAAGGUUACGGAAUUAGAGAAGUGCAAGCUGGAUUUUGAUAAAGUUCAGAAAAAAAAUCAUUCUCUCAUACUUAAAGUAGAGAAUUCUACUAGUGAAUUGAAUAAACUUCAUGAAGAAAAGCAAUUGGUUCAGAAUGACAUGCUUAAUCAACAUUCCAAGUUUAUUGAGAAAGUAAAUUUCUUAAAUAAAGAGCUAGCUAUAACAAGGGAUGUUCUGGAAAAAUUAGAAGAAUACAAAGUCAAGCUUAAGGAUAAGGAGGAACGAUUAGCUGUGGAAAAGCAAAUUGUUUCCAUUGAAAAAACCAAGGCUUUAUCGCUAGAGAAUAAAGUUAGUGAAUUAGAAAAAACUAUCAAAGAAAUAACCAGAAAAAUAAAAAUAGAAGAAACUAAAUUUAAUAAUAGCUCUAUUGCUUUGAAAAGUAUGUAUGAAGAUACUAAAAAAGAGUUAGUUGCUGAACGGAUUAAAAUAAAAAAGUUGGAUGAAAAUGAGAAAGAAAAGAUUAAAGCUAUUGAUGAUUUAAGGUUGAAAUACCAACAACAAGUUGCACUUAAUGACGAAAUGAUCAACAGCAAUAAGCAAGAACGCUCCAGACUAGAGAAUACUGAGAGCAUUUUGAAAGAAUCCGAGAAAAAACGUUCAUCUUUAAUGAAGGAAAACGAAGAACUAAAUUUUAAAAUCAACGAAUUGCAAUCUCAGCUUUUAAAAAUCAACCCCGAUAAUACUUUAUCCAUUAAAAAAAGAAAACUCAUUGAUGCUGAAAAAUUACCUGAAGAUGAGUAUUCUUUUGACAACAUAAACAGCUCAACACUGGAAGCGAAAAAUAAGAAGCCCAAUAGCAGAAGGCAGAAACCAAGAAGGUAA